GGUUCAACGUUUCGAUCUGUCGCAUUUGGCCGGCGAAGCAGUUAGGGUUAUAGAGAAGUUUGCCGGUUUGCAAUUUCUUUGCUGGUCAUCGCCUGGUUUUUUGGGGUUUUUUUUUCUCUCUUUUCAGCAGGGCGCUUGAUUUCCUUGAAGUGUAUUGUUGUGCAGAUCUAUUAUGAGGAGGUACAGUCCUGGUUACCAUAGCCCGCCAAGAAGGGGAUAUGGUGGCAGAGGAAGAAGUCCACCUAGGAGAGGAUAUGGUGGUCGAAGAGAUCAAAAUCAAGGGAGCCUUUUAGUUCGAAAUAUACCCCUGAAUUGCAGAGCUGAAGAACUUCGUGUUCCAUUUGAAAGAUUUGGCCCAGUUAGGGAUGUUUACAUACCAAAGGAUUACUAUUCUGGGGAGCCACGGGGAUUUGCUUUUGUGCAGUUUGUUGACCCAUAUGAUGCUUCUGAGGCCCAAUAUCACAUGAAUCGACAAAUCUUUCAUGGUAGGGAAAUCACUGUUGUUGUUGCUUCAGAAACCAGGAAAAGGCCUGAAGAUAUGCGCAGAAGAACCAGAUUUAGGGCAAUUAGCGGUUAUGAUGGUGGCCGCUCUUCAUAUUAUGGGCGCUCAAGAUCUCGGUCAGUUUCAAGAUCACAAUCUCCACACCAACCAUCCGACGCAAGGAUGCGUCAUCGUUCGAGAUCAUACUCUCCUGCACCAAAACACCGGGAUGACUAUUCUGCUUCCCCAAGAAGGCAACCGGCUCAUUCAAGAUCCCCACGAGGAUACCCACAAGGACGCGGUGAGAAGCAAAGCCGUAGAUCAUAUUCUCCAAAACAUAGUGAUGGCAAUAGAAAGCAGGUUGAUCGUGAGGAAUUCUCUGCUUCUCCAAGAGGAAAGUUGCCACAACAGUCAAGAUCAUCCCCCAUAGGCUAUCGAGAUGGACAUGGGGAGGAUCGGAGACGCAGAUCAAACUCACCGGAGAGUGAUGUUGCUGGGAGAAAUGGGGCUACUUAUGAUUAUAAGAAGGAACAAAGGCACCCCUCAUAUUCACCAUCUGGAUCAAGAUCCAGAUCGAUUGACUCUUCUUCUGGGCGCAAACGCUAAACAGGUGUAUUAUAACACUCUUGAACUAACAUUGUCUUAGGUUGCCUGGAGCUCUCAAGUUUGCUGAUUAAAAACAGUUAUCCUUUUUUAUCAUUGAAGAACACUUGUCUGGCUGCUCUUUUGUAAACUGUAAUCCUGAGAUCGCAAUUAAUGUAUUGACUUUUGAAAUUGUUUUGUAAUGCCUGUCUUUAUGCAUCUAUAAGAAUCUCCAGAAAAGAAGCGAUUAUGAUCACUGUUCUGAGUAGUCUCAGCUUUGUUUUUUAAGAUAUUUUAUUUUUUGAUUUAUGUGAAAAAUAUGGACAGGGUUUAUUAUUUCA